UCUCUAGCUGGGACGGGCAGAAUUUCCAGACUCAGAAUUGGUGGAGAUGAAGUGUCAGGCACUGGGAAGCACUCUCAGGGGGAGAGGGGCUGUCCUGCUUUCUGCAGAAACCACAAGGCUGCUGUUCAGUCUUUCCGUCUGUUUAGUGAGUGCCUCUCCCAUGCCCGGUUCCAAGUGUCUCAGUAUUGGUAGCUCAGUAAACCAAAGAAGCACUCCUGCCCUCUUGUAUUCUGGCAGGGAGACAGACAGUAAAGAAGUGAGCAUAGACCGUCCCAUGUGAUAAUCAGUGCUCUGGAGAAAAAUGCAGCGGGCGAUGGGGUCGCCAGGGAUGUCGUGAUUCCACGUGGGUCAGCGGAGGCCUCACCUGUGAGAAUGGCUUAUUCAGAGGAGCAAGGAGGCGUCCCCUGUGGUUUCAUCCGCCAGAACUCCGGCAACUCCAUUUCCUUGGACUUUGAGCCUGACACGGAGUACCAGUUCGUGGAGCAAUUAGAAGAGCGCUACAAAUGCGCCUUCUGCCGCUCGGUGCUGCACAACCCCCACCAGACGGGCUGUGGGCAUCGCUUCUGUCAGCACUGCAUCCUGUCCCUGAGAGAAUUAAACGCAGUCCCACUCUGCCCUGUAGAUAAGGAGGUUAUUAGACCUCAGGAGGUGUUUAAAGACAAUUGCUGCAAAAGGGAAGUCCUCAAUUUAUAUGUAUUUUGCAAAAAUGCUCCUGGAUGUAAUGCCAAGAUUAUUCUGGGACGAUACCAGGACCACCUUCAGCAGUGCUUAUUUCAAGCUGUGCAGUGUUCUAAUGAGAACUGUCGGGAGCCAGUCCUUCGCAAAGAUCUGAAAGAGCAUUUGAGCGCAUACUGCCCGUUUCGAGAGGAAAAAUGCCUUUAUUGCAAAAAGGACGUGGUAGUCAUCAAUCUGAAGAAUCAUGAGGAAAACUUGUGUCCCAAGUACCCGGUCUCUUGUCCCAACAAGUGUUUGCAGAUUAUUCCGAGAACUGAGGUGGAUGAACACCUUGCUGUGUGUCCUGAAGCUGAUCAAGACUGUCCUUUUAAGCACUAUGGCUGCUCUGUUAAGGAUAAACGGGGGAACCUGCAGGAGCAUGAACAGUCAGCCUUACGGGACCACAUGCUUCUGGUUUUAGAAAAGAACUUCCAAUUAGAAGAACAGAUUUCUGACUUAUAUAAGAGCCUAGAACAAAAAGAAAGUAAAAUCCAGCAGCUAGCAGGAACUGUAAAGAAAUUCGAAAAGGAAUUCAAGCAGUUUGCACAGUUGUUUGGCAAAAAUGGAAGCUUCCUCUCAAAUACCCAGGUUCUUGCCAGUCACAUUGACAAGUCGGCUUGGCUAGAAGUUCAGGUGCGUCAAUUAUUGCAAAUGGCUAACCAGCAACAAAGUAAAUUUGAUCUGAGGCCUUUGGUGGAAGCGAUUGAUACAAUGAAGCAGAAAAUCACCCUGCUGGAAACCAAUGAUCAGAGAUUACUUGUUUUGGAAGGAGAGACUAACAAGCACGACGCCCACAUUAAUAUCCAUAAAGCACAGCUGAGUAAAAACGAAGAGCGAUUUAAACUGCUAGAAAGUGCCUGCUAUAAUGGAAAGCUCAUCUGGAAGGUGACAGACUACAAGCUGAAGAAGAGGGAGGCGCUCGACGGACACACGGUAUCCAUCUUCAGCCAGCCCUUCUACACCAGCCGCUGUGGCUACCGGCUCUGUGCUAGAGCAUACCUGAAUGGGGACGGGUCCGGGAAGGGGACGCAUCUGUCGCUGUACUUUGUGGUGAUGCGGGGCGAGUUUGACUCACUGUUGCAGUGGCCAUUCAGGCAGAGGGUGACCCUGAUGCUUUUGGACCAGAGUGGCAAAAAGAACCACAUUGUGGAGACCUUCAAAGCUGACCCCAAUAGCAGCAGCUUUAAAAGACCCGACGGAGAGAUGAACAUUGCUUCUGGCUGUCCCCGCUUCGUGGCUCAUUCCACUUUGGAGAAUGCCAAGAACACCUACAUUAAAGAUGACACCCUGUUCUUGAAAGUGGCUGUGGAUUUAACUGACCUGGAGGACCUCUAGUCACUCCUGGGGUGAUAAAAAGACUUCCUGGAUCCAGAAGCUUUGGUUAAUGUAGUGACUGAAUCUAGACUCAGUACACACUUGUGUUUGGCUUUUUGCCCUUAAUGGUUGAAGUCAGUUUAAGAUUUCUCAAGUGCUGUCUUCUUUUUACAUUUCACUCUGUCUCAGUUUGAAACUUACAACACUUAGAAUAUCUCCUCGUUAUUUAUAUUUUUUUGUAUCACUUGAAAGAUGUUAACUUUCUUGAAUGUAAGGUCUGGGGCAUAUCUCUUUUACUGGUGCUUAGCAUGGGGUCUCAGUGUAGGCCCUCUAUAAUAUUAAGAGUUAUUGAGGACACAGAGGUAGAAUUUCCAAUUGAAAUGGUUUGGCAUUUUAUUGUUUAUGCCUGCUAAUUCUAGACCUGACCUUAAGCUUGCAAAAACCAUCUUUUAGGGUAGGCUGUUCCAGUUAGUUGGUAGUGUACUUCAAAUGAUGGGCUGUGUACUUCAAAGGUCAAUAUGCCCAGUCUGGACCAGACUUUUUCUGGUUAAAUACUGUAUUUGUGGAAAUUACUAUACCUCUAAUAUUUUCAUGAAAUUUACCAGUAGUCAGCAAGUCAACAAAUUUGCAAGGCUGCAUAGGAACUGGUGAAUAGAGUAAGCAUUUUCAUUCCCCUGCUGAAGUAAAGCAGAAAGUACUGCUAUAUAUGUAUAUCUAUAUAGUGCAUUAUAUAUACAUACUGCAUUUUAUAUAUAUAUGUACUGCAGUGUAUGUAUGUAUGUAUGUGUGUGUGUAUAUAUAUAUAUAUAUAUAUGAGAGAGAAGGAGCCAUUCAGCUAAAGUUCAGAUUUUAUUAGGUUCAACCAUGCAAAAAAAAAUUGUUUUCAAACAAAAUAUUAGCAGUUUCAUAAGAUUCAACUUAAUAAAUAAUAUAUGUACAUGUAUACAAAUAGUUUAAAAGUAUUGUGGUAAUAAUAAAUUAAUGUGAGGAUGGGCAGAAUUAGUAUGUGAUGGAAAAAAUAUAUCAUAAAUGGAUAAGAAGAAUCUAAGACCUGGGGAGAAUGCUCUUACAAUUUCCUAUGGGUGUUAGGAGUACUCCCAUCCAAAACUGAUGGCUAAAAACAGUAUUUCCUGGUUUUGGGGGGGAGAAAUCUUGAAUUCAUAAACUGGUAUGAAAACAGGCACUUAUAUAAACUUGUGACAUUUCUUGUUGAAGUCCUGAGUACUUUGUGAAGAGCAGAAAGGAUCAUGUUCUUCUGCACUUACCUGUAUGGGUCUGAGAGGGUAAAUACAAGCUGAGACUAGCCCUUCUGACUCUUGAUAAGCCUUCUGACUUAACGAGAAACCACCCAGUCUUCCCGAGCCCUAACUCGUUAUGGCACUGAGCCCCCACUCCCCCCACGUGGCUGGUUCCCUUGAGCGUGUAAGGACGAGUGCUGUGGGCUGAGGGCCACUUCGUGCCGUUCACUCAAGUGAUGACCACGCACCUUACAACUCAUGACCAGUUAACCAAGGAGAAGCAGCAUGAUUUAUACCUGUGGCUUCUGGAAUAAUUGGAACUUUAAAAAUCUCUUGUAUGAAAUUCAAGAUGCUAAGGACUCAUACUGCAGAAAUCACCCCAAAGGGUUAAAUUCAAAGAACUAAGUUCCCAGUAGAAAUAUGCUAAAGACGUACACUGGGUGAACUCUGGCACAGCUGACGGUCAGCACCUCCCCGCAGACAAACUCAGGAAGCUCAGACCACACAGCCGGACGCAGGUGGUUCUGUGUGUGCUUGUUUUCAGCGUCUCUAAUCAAGCCCCAGUCAUCCUUGUGCUCCUAAGCAAUGGGAGAUCACACGUUGUAACCAGUUUUAAGUCGUUGAUGAGAAAAACAUUUUUAAGGUGAAUUUAUCAAAAUAUGAGAUUUGUGUUUUAACCAACUUUUCUACAUAAAAAGUUUAAGUCAAGGCAUGGUUUGUGACUUUAGGGUCUCUUCAUCACUGAAACAGUGAUCAAGGAACGAGGUAUUCUCAAAUAAAAAGCACCUCUUUCUCAUAAAA